GUGUGUUGCUCAUACCAACCGCCGCCUCCCCCUUUUUUCUCUCUCUCUCUCUCUCUCUCACUCUCUUUCCUCACCCACCCCCUUUUUUCUCUCCGUCUCCCUCGUCCCUUACACCUCCAGUCUACUCUUGUUGUCUCGGCGGAUUGUGUUGUGAGAGGAGUGAGAGAGAGUGAGAGAGAGAGAGAGAGGGAGAAGAAGAAGGAUAUCGCGAGUAUUGGAGUUUUGGUGAGAGUUUGUGGAAGAUGGCGCCUGUUGUGACAGGGAAGUUCGGGGAGCGCCCUCAGCCACAGCGCCUAACAAGAGAAGCGAUGAGGAAUUACCUGAAGGAGCGAGGUGACCAAACAGUCAUGAUCCUGCACGCAAAAGUUGCACAGAAAUCCUACGGCAAUGAGAAAAGGUUCUUCUGCCCUCCUCCCUGCGUUUACCUGAUGGGCAGCGGCUGGAAGAAAAAGAAGGAGCAGAUGGAGCGAGACGGCUGCUCCGAGCAGGAGUCGCAGCCUUGUGCCUUCAUCGGCAUCGGCAACAGCGACCAAGAAAUGCAACAGCUUAACUUAGAGGGAAAGAAUUAUUGCACAGCCAAAACCUUGUACAUAUCCGACUCUGACAAGAGAAAGCACUUCAUGUUGUCUGUCAAGAUGUUCUACGGCAACAGCGCUGACAUCGGUGUCUUCCUCAGCAAGAGGAUCAAAGUCAUCUCCAAGCCCUCCAAAAAGAAGCAGUCCCUUAAAAACGCCGACUUGUGCAUCGCAUCAGGGACCAAGGUGGCACUGUUCAACCGGCUGCGGUCCCAAACAGUCAGCACGCGCUACCUACACGUGGAGGGCGGCAACUUUCACGCCAGCUCCCAGCAGUGGGGCGCCUUUUACAUCCACCUGUUGGAUGACGAGGAGUCAGAAGGAGAAGAGUUCACUGUGAGAGACGGUUAUAUCCACUACGGCCAGACAGUCAAGCUGGUUUGCUCUGUCACAGGCAUGGCCCUGCCCAGACUGAUCAUCCGUAAAGUGGACAAGCAGACGGCGCUGCUGGACGCCGACGACCCCGUCUCCCAGCUCCACAAGUGUGCCUUCUACCUGAAGGACACGGAACGCAUGUACCUGUGCCUUUCCCAAGAAAGGAUCAUCCAGUUUCAAGCCACUCCAUGCCCAAAGGAACCAAACAAGGAGAUGAUCAACGACGGCGCCUCCUGGACAAUCAUCAGCACAGACAAGGCCGAGUACACUUUCUACGAGGGAAUGGGCCCCGUCCACUCACCUGUCACCCCCGUGCCUGUGGUAGAGAGCUUACAGCUAAAUGGCGGUGGCGACGUCGCCAUGCUGGAGCUGACGGGACAGAACUUCACUCCAAAUUUGCGGGUCUGGUUCGGCGACGUCGAGGCUGAGACCAUGUACAGGUGUGCGGAGAGCAUGCUGUGCGUGGUGCCCGACAUCUCCGCCUUCCGCGAGGGCUGGCGCUGGGUGCGGCAGCCCGUCCAGGUGCCCGUCACGCUGGUUAGGAACGAUGGCAUCAUCUACUCCACCACACUGACCUUCACCUACACGCCAGAGCCCGGGCCGCGGCCACACUGCAGCGCCGCGGGAGCCAUCCUGCGGGCCGGAAACUCCAGCCUGCUCAGCAACAACAGCCAGGAGGCCGGCCCCGGCGUCUACGGCCCCAACAGCACCUCCAACGCGGGAGUCACAUCCUCAUCCUCCACCGCCGCGGCUGUGGUCUCCUAACGCACACAGGGGACCACUCAAAAUACGAUAUGCCUUGAGAGCGAAAAAACGUAUCGCAAGGCGUACAAAGACUAUGGGAAAUAAUAAACAAAAAACUGACUCACUCUUAAGUGCUGCGUUUAAAAUUUUGGAUACAAAGAAGCUGAAAGAAAAAAAAAAACAAACAGAAAAAAAAAUUUGGCGGGAGAACGGAGCGAACGCAGAGGGGGGGGGAUCUGAAGGAGGAGUGACAUCACCACGUUGUCAGGCAACGGGAAUAAGGC